UAGCACAAACCCUGAGGUGUGACUGCAGCCCCUACCGUAUAUUACUCUCAAGUCUCAAAGAGCAGUCAGUUCUCGGUGUGUCCAUUUCACGUCUUGACCCUGCAGCACGUCACACAGGCAUCAUGGCGAAGAUGGUCGUGCAGCAACCUCAGCCUGUCAUGAUGGCAACUGUGCCACACUCCAAUCAGUGGAGCUCAGGAAUCUGUGACUGCUGUGAAAAUGUAGCUGACUGUUGUUUCGCCUUUUGGUGUUUCCCCUGUUUCGCCUGCAGUACGGCGAAGAAAUUUGGCGAAUGUUUGUGCUUACCGAUGCUUGAUGGUUAUGGCUUAAUUCCCCCAAUUACCCUGGGCAUGAGGGCAACACUGCGCGAGCGCUAUGGCAUUGAGGGAUCCAUGUGUAAUGACUGUCUCUAUUCAUUCUUCUGCCUUCCCUGCGUUUGGUGCCAAAUGUCACGAGAGAUGAAAGUACGCGGUCAAUCCAUCACAUUUAUAAAUUCUCGAGCAAGAUGAAGACUUAACAUUAAGAUACAAAAUAAAACACAACAAUACUGUGGGUUCAAUCGUUCACGAGAAAGCAAAUGGCUCUACAUGUUGAAAUGUAUUGUAUAGUUCAUGCUGUUAUUAUCUGGUCUAAACGCUAGAGGGAGCUGUUUGCACAAUAAUGCUUCAUAAGUUAACUAUAAACUGCAAUCGUGUGUUUGUGGAUUUAAUACCAGUUGUGUGGAGGAGGAAAUCUGUGGUGGAGGAAAUCUGUGGUGGAGGAAAUCUGUGGUGGAGGAAAUCUGACUGUUGAAAUAAUCAAGGUUUCAAUGCUCGAAUUUUACUCGUGUCAAAUAAAUAAUUACUCCCGCUUGGAUUGAUUGUUUGAUUGAUUGAUUGAUUGAUUGAUUGAUUGAUUGAUUGAUUGAUUGAUUGAUUGAUUGAUUGAUUGAUUGAUUGACACUGUAAAUACUGUACAUUUUGCAUUAGUUGUAAGGACUGUAAUACCUUAAUACAAAUAAUAUCACAGUAGAAAUGAUCAUACAUGACUUCUAGAGCUUAUAGAGAAUGGAUGGCUUUUAUUUUAUAUGUGAUCAUGUGUAAUAAUUAUGCUAUUGACUCUAGCACUAAGCUACACUCGUUCAUCGUAUCUUAUCCGCAUAAAAUGGAUAAAAGUGCAGAAUCAGGCUCAAGUUUAUUGAGUAUACAAUAGGUAAGAAAGCCAUGGAUUACACCUGUCUGGGUAUUUUUGGUUUGUUUGUUUGUUUUAUGGUGUGUUAUUUUGUUUUUGUUUUUGUUAUUACAAUUAUUUCAUCAUUUUCAAUACAGCUGACUUUAAAAAACUAUUCAUAAAGAAGGACAGAUCAGAAAUCAUCUCCUUUGAACAUUUCCAUAUCACUGUUCAUCAGCCAUAGACACAUCUCAUUUCAUUUUAUUUCAUUACAUUUGUAUAGCACUUUUAACAAUGGAUUUUGUCUCAAAGCAGCUUAACAAAAAGUUUCAUAUUAUACAAAGAU